AUGACCUUCACUUGCCACCACUGCCACACCGAGGUUGAGCUUGACCCGCUGUUGACCAACCUCAAUAAGGCACAGAUUUCACUCCUCGUGGCCAAGACUCACCAGUGCCAGCCUCAGCCUCAUAAUGCAGCGCUGCCAGCACUGUAUCUACCGUCAGGACGACUAGAUACUCUCCGCCAGGCGAUUGGCGAAUCUGCCUCCCAACCGCUAUAUUCACGCAAUCUAAUUGAACUGGAGAACGAUGAUGAUGACGAUGAUGACGAUUAUGAUUACGGUAUCCCCGAUUUGGCACUGCCGCCGCUGCCAUCAAGGGAACUGCCCCUGUCUCCCUUAGCGAGCGCCUUUGACGAAUUGGAUGCUAGUUUCGUGAUGCUUCGUGAUGAUAUCACGGGCCUGAGUCCUGAUAAUCAACCUGAAACUAAUGGUCACGCCAGCGAUACGUUUUCCAAGCGGAUUAAAGUACUUACUCAUAUCUUUCAGAUCCUAUCGCUGACCACUACUGAAGACCACCCAUUGUCGGGAGACUGUGCUGAUCUUUUAGUGGAGAACUACAAAUUGAAGUAUGACCAUACUCAACGUGAGAAAGAGCUCUAUGGGAACUUCCUCGCCAAACUCCAACAGAAACACCAACUGGCGCCUCACACCGACGUCGAUACUAAGCUAGAUGAUGCUCAAACCCAGCUCAAUGAACUUAAAACCAUUGAGGCGACUAAGAUUGAUGAAUUGGUUGAACUUGAGAACCACCAAGCAGAAUUACAACAACAAUUGAAGUCGCUUACUGGGGAACUUCAACGCCUCCAGCUGGGAGAAUUGGAACAGGCACUUGUACGGCGAAACCUAGCUGCUUAUGACGCCACGAUCUCGUCGCUGCGGCUAGCCCAGACUCAGCUGGUGUAUAAGUCUCGCCUUGACCAAUUGGACCGGUUACGUCAUAUCGACGUGUUUGCGUUAUUAUUCAAUAUUAGCGUUACCGACGAUGGCUAUGGCUCUAUAAACGGCUACCGUUUAGGUCACCAUAUCGUGUGGCUGGAAGUAAACGCCGCUUUGGGUCAAGUGGUGCUUUUGCUUGUAUUCCUCAUUAAGAAGCUCUCAGUGAAUCUAGUGGACUUUAAACUAGUUCCCAUCGGGCUGAAACUGCAAAUCAUCAAGUACCAGACGAAACCCCCCGACGUUCCUGGUGAACGUCGCACUAAAAGUGUGCUUAACUUAUACCUGUCGAAUGAGUUCUCGUUAGGCCGCUUGUUUAAUUUCAAUAAGCUCGACGUGCUGAUGAUUGCCGUGGUGGAGAUUGUGCUUCAAAUUCAAGAACGGCUCUACCAAUUAGAUGGCGAUAUUGAGCUUCCCUACCCAAUGAGUGCCCAGGGUUUGGUGGGAGGUAAACUGGUGCGGGUCACCAGUAACCACGAGUGGACCGAAGGGUGUAAACACUUGUUGAUUAAUUUGAAGUGGAUGUUGACUUGGGUGAAGUCAAGGGGAGAAUAA